GGUCCAUCGACCUUGCAAGGCACUAAUAGAGGGUCUCUCUUCGUCUCUGUCUAUAUUUAUAGGGCUAUCACAUGGGCAACGAGAGGAUGUUCAACCCCCUUUCGGUGAUGCACUGCGUAAAGCCAGACGGUCAACCUCUGACAAUCAAUAAUCUAUGGGUCAAGUCAGCCGAUCCGAUGGAUUUCACCGAUCUAAUGCUUCGUCAUGGGAUCCUGCCGAUCAUCAACGCGGAGAUAUUGCUAACUGGCCAGGACAUUUAUAAGAUAGUUACUGCGGCCAUAGAGUACCCAAAGAUCGAUUAUGAGGAAGUAGCUUUCUGGUCCUACCUCACACUCACGGGUUAUCUCGCCUUUAGCACGCCGGCUAGUAAGAGCAAUGUCACUGGCCAGGCUUUGCGCGUGCCAAAUCGAGAAGUCGCUCUAGCUUUCAACAACGUCAUCAAAGCUUACUACAGUCAUUACAAUACGACGCCCCAAUACGACGUUUUCAGGAACAGUCUUAGAGACAGGAAUUCGACUGCGAUCAAGGACUGUCUGGAGGAAUACGUCAACAAAUCGACUCCAUUCUUCCACGGAAGGAAUCUGGCAGACUUUGAGGGGCUAAUGACGGGGAUAUUACGAGGAGUUGAGAGAGACCACGGAACUGUGACGAAACAUCGCGAGGGGGACCACACUUCGACUCUCACUUUAGGACCCUCUGGUAACUCCACGGAAAAGCUGGUUUUCGUGUUGACCGAGGUCAAGGCUAAAGAGAGGGCGGAGGAUGCUAACAGGGGAGUCAAGAAGAUGUGGGUCAAGUUUUGCCGCAUGUUCCAGAAUAACGCGACGAUCCUAUCACUAUCCACGUGUGACGGGUUGUUUGAACUCAGACUCGAUGUGAAAUAAGGGCAAGAAAAUUAAAAUUAAACAUACUUUCUUCGAGAGGACCGCCUUUAAAGACAGUUCAAGAGCCGUAUCCUCAAUCGUUCAUUCCCCGUUACCCAAGAAGCAGUCAUCGCUGUAAGUUGCGAUUUGAUCGGAGAAUGUACCGCGAUUUCAUCGACGUCAGUUUAUUGCAACAUUAUUGGACAAAAAAUUGCGAUGCAUUGUGAUUUCAUCGCAUAAAUUUGCAAUAAAAUCGAGAUUCUAUUGCCGGCAAUGUAUAGCAAUAUAAUCUGAAAAAUCGUGAUAAAAGUAGAAAAAAAUUCGAUUUUGUCGAAUGCAAUUUUAUAGAAAUCAAAUUGCGACAAGGAUCUUUAAUCGCUCGGAUCUUGAUAGCCCCAGCUAUUUUAACGCCAAAAUUGCGAUUUAAUUUCAAAAUAUAUAGCAGUUAUUUUCCGUUGAAGAAUGCUCCUAGAGUAUUUCAAUAUUGUCAAUAAUGUGGUUUGGAUCCUUUUCCUGCCAAAAGGAGUGAAGUUGCAAUGUUGCAUCAUUCCAACAAUUUGGAGCCCGAAACACGGCGUUUCAAAUUAAGUUUUUUGAAUCGCAAAAUUUAAACCAAACUUAACUGAAACCGGGAUUUAAGUUAUCACAUAAUGUAAAGUAAUCAAUAAAUAAGUUUGCCAAUCUCGAUUCCUCGGUUAACACCUUCUUUAAAUUCUAGGCAUGAAUAUUAUUGUGAAUUCAUGUGACAAAUAUGAGCAGCUGAUGGUCCAUUUAUUUUUACCUGAGUCGUAUAAAGUCCAACAAUGUUACAAACUCCAAAAAUAUUAUAUUGGUUUGAAUAUGGCUUAAAAUUCCUCAUAGUUUGCUUUUUGUGAUGCUGAUUACAUUAUAAAAAUUAUAAGUGUUAAAAGACUUGCAA